GGCUCCUGGCUGCAGCGUUAGCCACCUAUCUACAGUAUAAUAACAGUAACAGCUACAUGUCACACUGCGACAGCUUCAAAUAAACCCUCACCUGUCCACAGACACAGCCGCCGCACAGUUCCCGCUGCCUGUCUGCUCUGAGCUCCAGGAUAGGGAAGCAAAGCGGAGAGGCAGCUGCCGGCGGCGCAGCGAGCCUGGUCGACAAAAUGUCUGAGAGCCCCGAGAAGAGCGCGUCGGUGUCGGCUCAGGAGCUGAAGGAGCAGGGCAACCGCCUCUUCCUCAGCCGCAAGUACCUGGAGGCCGCUGCCUGCUACAGCAAAGCUAUCAGCCACAGUCCCGUCCCAGCGUACUACACCAACAGAGCUCUGUGCUUCGUGAAGCUGCAGCAGUACGACAAAGCUCUGGCAGACUGCAGGCACGCUCUAGAGCUCGACAGCCAGUCAGUCAAAGCUCACUUCUUCAUGGGUCAGUGUCACCUGGAGAUGGAGAACUAUGACGAAGCCAUCGGCAACCUGCAGAAAGCCUAUAACCUGGCAAAGGAGCAGCGUCUGAACUUCGGCGACGAUAUUCCCAGUGCUCUCCGGAUAGCGAAGAAGAAGCGGUGGAACAGCCUGGAGGAGCGGAGGAUCAACCAGGAGAGCGAGCUGCACGCCUACCUCACCAAACUCAUCCUGGCUGAGAAGAAGAGAGAACUGGAGGGCUGCCGACAGAAACAAGAGGACAAGACUGACGACAGCAGAGUUCAGCACAAUCUCAAUGAAAUCCACACAAAACAUGACAAGUUCCUGUCAGACAUGGAGGAGCUGUUCUCUCAAGUAGAUGAGAAGAGGAAGAAGCGUGAGAUCCCAGACUUCCUGUGUGGGAAGAUCAGCUUUGAGUUGAUGAGAGAGCCGUGCAUCACUCCCAGUGGUGUCACUUACGACCGGAAAGACAUUGAAGAGCAUCUCCAGCGAGUUGGCCACUUUGACCCAGUGACCCGCAGCCCGCUGACCCAAGAUCAACUCAUCCCCAACCUGGCCAUGAAGGAAGUCAUUGAUGCGUUCAUUUUGGAGAACGGAUGGGUGGAAGACUACUGAACAAAGCAGAGAAGUAGAGAGAGGAAGGAAAAAGAAAAGUCGAGACAGAUCAGUGUUUUCAGUCACAUUGCGCUUCAGUUCCCUUCACGCUGUCCGAGUUAAGAGUUCGACAAUCAUGAGAAGAAUUUAGGACCAAAUUCUCACAAUGUGACCGCUGCUACGACCCAUUACUACAAACCAAUCAAUCAGAAUAUUACCUGACAGGGGAUGAAAGCAGAACUACUCCAAAGUCAAAACGAUGGAAGUGAAACAUGAAAGAAGUUGUGUGUGAUGGAUGACGAGCUGAUGAUGUUUUUCUAUCUCCAUCAUAGCGUUACGACCAAUCAGCAGCUUCCACGUCUUGAGGCCGAAGCACCUUAAAGUGCCGCCGCCGCCGCCGACCGCUAGCUGGCUCCAUUCAAAAAGCCUCAACUUCUCUCUAGAAAAUAGUCAUUUUAGUCUCAAUCUUUAAAUUCAGACCUUCUAAUAAGUGUGUGCUGGUGGCCAUUGUGGAAAUUAUUGCUCCAUUAAUAAGAUUUGAGGACUUACAGUAGCUUUGAUGUCGGCUGUGUGAGAGUUGAUUGACAGCUGUGAUUGACAGUUGGCUCUGUGGCUCACAUUGAGUAUUGCCUAAUGUCUAAAUAUUUCACUAAGUUUAAUAUUGAUAAUGAUACCUGCCCUGUCAGUUCUAGAGAAUGAAAGGAAA